CAGGCAGCCAACUGCCGCAGCACUCUACAGGUACCAACAAGUCUCUGCGCAGGUUUUUCCAAUCAGUGGUGGAGAUGGCAUUUGUCCCCGAUUUGGACAUGCUGGAGAGCAGAAGCCUGAACGAGGAGACAUUUUAUGACCCUGACUGCCUCUGCCCACAGAAGGUAACACUGGGGUGGUGGGAAAGGGGAGAUACCCAUGAUGAGGAAGCCAGGAUCUUACCCCACAUCCCCUUUCCUCCCCAGAAACCCCGCCUGGACACAGAGGUGAUGCCACCCAGGGUGGGCAUCCGGGUGACAGUGACCAAGGGACACCCUGCCAGGAGCUUUCGCCGGGCCGCCGUCCUUGUGGUGGCCAUGACCAAGCUUCUGAAGCAGCCAACGUACAAGGACUUUGCUGACAGUGACCUUGGGGGCUUCCUGGAUGAUAUUUUCGAGCCUGUCUCCUUCCAGUGGAUUGAGGGCAGCUAUGCCAGGGCACCCAUCUUCCGCUACACCCGCUCCCAGUCCUUUGACAUUCUUGACAUCGACCACAAGUGCUUUGUGCUGGAGUCACCCACCCAGCUGGUGGCCCUGCACCUGCAAGGACCUGCCACUGGGCGAAAAGUAAAGCUCAACAUCGCUCUGUACCGUCCCAAGUCAUCGCAGGGCGGCCCAGGGACCGGGCGGGUGCCAGUGGCAUUGGGCAUCAAGGGCUUCCAACUCUACAUGUCAUGCGUGAUGAGUGGCACUGAGCCUGUGCUGCAGCUGGAGGAAGCCGACAUCAGGAGGGACAUUGAGAGCGUGGAGCUGACCCGCUUCAUCUUCUACCGCUUGGACAGCCCGGCCGAGGGGACCACCCGCUUCGAGUCAGCCGCCUUUCCUGGCUGGUUCAUCUGCACCUCCCUGCAGCCCCGCCAGCCCGUCGGGAUCACCAACCAGCCCGACCAGGUCAACAUCGCCACCUACGAGCUGAGCGGGCGCUGAGGAGCUCCCGCACCCAACCCAACCCAACCCAACUGGCAGUUGCUGGUUUUCAGGUUGUAUGUACCGAGUACAAACUCCUCAGCUGGGAUCCCUGUUUGCUCCAUCUAUUUCAUGUGAAAUAGCAGCUCUGGGCCCUGUGGGCCCGAGUCAUCCCAGUUUAUACUUAUUUAUUGUGUCUAUCCCUUGCUUUUAAUUUAUGUAUAUUUUAUUGGAAAUAUUGUAGUUUUGUUAUUGAG